UGCUGUCAGUAUCAUCGCUGAUCCGCUCAUCUCUGAAACUGAGCUUGAAGUCUAACUGGCAACUUGGUGCACCACUCCAAAUUUUUCAGAGGGCAAUGAUGGACAAUUGGCAGAGUUUGUCUUCCUUGCUACAGCAGUCUCAAAAUCGACUUUCGCAGUGGGCAUCGGAAUUUGAGGAUAUACUCUCUAGUACCAUUAACCGUGAAGAAAAAUGUGCCCUCGAAAGGAAAGUUGCAGAUCUUGAGAGAGCCUUUGAAGAUAAAGUGAAAAACAAGGAAAAAGCUUCUGAAGAUCAAAAGAUUUUAAUAGCUGAUUUAAAAGAAGAAGUUGAAGUUAUAGCAACUAAAAAAGCUGCUUCUGAAAAGCGGAUAACCCUGUAUGAAGAUGAGCUUGCCCACCUCAGAAAAGAAGAGCAGGAUUUGAGAGAAGCUCCUGUUGUGGAUGCUCUGCAAAAAACAAAACGUUUGGAGGAAGAAGAUGCUCAGUUCAGGAAGCAGCUUGCUUUGGAUGUAAUCAAAAUAAAAGGUGGCUAUCUGCAGUUUGUUUUCACUCAGAUUGAUGACAGAAAUCCAGAGUUGCCUUACACACUUUCCCUUGGCCUUGAUGAAAACCGCAAAUACAAAGUUCCCUCAUCCGACCCUGUCAUCGCUGACUUGGAGGAACUUGUCGAUCAGCUCAACUGUAGCAAUAAUCUGGACAAAUUUCUUCAUACGGUCAGGAGGAGAUUUCAGAGCACGACAAGCCAUAAAUAAUGUGACGAAGAGUAAUUCUUGGACAGACUUUUUAGAAUGUUAUAUGUAUAUACUAUUGGUCUUUGAAAUUAUGUAAUGAUAACUGUUAAGUAAAGACAGUGGUGUUUA